AAUCAGCAAGCUACCAUUUUUCUGCUUACCGUAGUCGAGUCGAUCGCACGCGUGCACCGUACCUACGCAUAACAGCCAGCGCUGUAGGUAUAAUAGCCACGGCCACCCACUGUCGUAUUUUAUGAUAUAAAAUAUAUGUUCAUUAGGCAGGUAUCCUGUGUCAAUGAGAUCGUUUUAUAAUAUUUUCGACAUUUUAUCUGUCGCGGUGUUUUAGACGACAAUAUUCGCUGCAGUGUUCGUGAGCGGUAUACAAAACCAUCAUCAUAUUGCAGUGACUCUAUUCACGUAUAUUAAAUAAUAUAUAAUAUUAAUUAUUAUUAUUCGCGAUCAUGUUUAAUGGGUACUACGGAUCAACGUCAGAGAGUAGCGACAGCGACGCGCCGAUUGACGACGGAUCGUCCGUCAAGACGAUGGACCUCAACUACCUGUUGCUGGACGGUGACACCAUCCAAAAGCAUUUGGACGACAUGUGCGUUCGCAGCCGGCCAGAUGGUAUCGACACGAUGUUGCUCAAUCAUAACGCUAUGCUAUCGUUGCCACCGGCAAUCAAUCGGUUCCAGCACCUUCGCGUGCUCGAUAUUAGCAACAACAGGUUGACGCACGUGCCCGACUUCGUAGCACGGUUACCACUCACCACGCUGGUCGCCAAGAACAAUCUGAUCGACGAUGACGGGUUUCCUAAGGAGUUCGGUUGUGCUGCUCACCUCAAGGUGCUCAACAUUAGCGGUAACCGGUUGUCACACUUUCCCCAACAGCUACUGUCGGUCACCACUCUCGAGUACCUGUACAUGGGCAGCAACAAUCUGGUCGAGAUACCCAAAGAUAUCAACAAACUUAUCAGGUUGAAGUUCUUGUGUUUGGGUGGAAAUCAUCUGUCAGAUGUACCUGUGACUUUGGGUAUGUUGGAUAAUUUAAAAGCGCUAAACUUGAGCGAUAACUCACUGGAGAGCUUGCCGCCUGCCAUUGCCAAUCUAAAACACCUAAAAUCGUUGAUGUUACACAAAAACAGACUUCGCACACUACCUAUAGAAAUCAUAUCAUUGAAGUGCCUCACAGAGUUAAGCCUGAGGGACAAUCCAUUGGUUGUGAGAUUCGUAAGUGACAUGACUCAUAACCCACCAUCUUUACUCGAGCUGUCUGCUAGAUCAGUGAAAAUUAACAAUGUACGAUACGGAGAACGCGAUUUGCCUUACAAUUUGAUUGAGUACCUAUCGAGCGCACAUCACUGUGUCAACCCUAAGUGUAAAGGUGUAUUUUUUGACGACAGAGUAGAACAUAUCAAGUUUGUGGACUUUUGUGGCAAGUACCGUAUUCCAUUGCUACAGUACCUGUGUUCAUCAAAAUGUAUAGUCAACCACAGAAACAUACUUGGAGAUAGCACCGACAGCAAUAUGAUGAGAAAAGUUUUACUCGGAUAAAUCUGUAAAUAUUUUUUUAAAACAAAUAUGUACCUACUACAUAUAUCUUAUUUGAUACAUAUGUAACUACCUAUAUUUAUACAUACAACUUUACAAGUCCCUAUUAAGACUAUUCAAGACAACCAAGGGUUGAAUUCAUCAAAACAGGCAGGGUAUACAAAAUAAAUACUACCUACCUAUGUAAUUUAUUUUUUUUAGAGUUUAAGAUUGAUAAUAACCAUUA